AUGGACAAAAAGCCAUGCAUCUCCGAGGAAGCUGAAGUGAGAAAAGGGCCAUGGACCAUGGAAGAAGACAUGAUCUUGAUCAACUACAUCGCUAACCAUGGAGAAGGUGCAUGGAACUCUCUCGCUAAAGCUGCUGGUCUGAAACGUACUGGAAAGAGUUGCAGGCUCCGGUGGCUGAACUAUCUCCGGCCAGACGUUCGAAGAGGGAACAUAACUCCUGAGGAACAGCUCUUGAUCAUGGAACUGCAUGCUAAGUGGGGAAACAGGUGGUCGAAAAUUGCAAAGCAUCUUCCAGGAAGGACUGACAACGAAAUAAAGAAUUUCUGGAGGACUAGAAUCCAGAAGCAUAUUAAGCAAGAAGAGGCAUUUUCUGGGCAGAGUAGCUGUGAGAUAAACGAGCAUCCAAGCACCAGUCUGCAGGCCUCUGCAAUGAUGGAAACUUACUCUCCAUCAUCUUACCAAGAGAGCACCAUGGAAGCUUUUCCUGCAGAAACUUUAGCUCCUGAUCAAUCCACCGACAACUACUGGAGCAUGGAGGAUCUCUGGUCCAUGCAGUUAUUUAAUGGCGAUUACUUAAUUAAUUCCAGGGUUAAUUAG